AAUGUUUUAUUUAUUAAGGAAGCCUGAAGUUGAGAACUGGUUUUGUUGCGUAAGAUGAUUUGAGUUGAAACUCCUUAUAUAAGCUGGGUUAUGCAGCAGUCAAGGACAGAGAAGACAUUGGAGUUAAAGUUUCAAGAUGUUUAAGCCGAGUUAUCCUUUGGCCGCAGUGCUCCUGUGUUUCGUCUUCGCCACAGGGCAGGUUGUGCCAAAUUCAGAAAUCGGUCGGAUUACCAUCCAAGUGCCGUUGCUGUCCAAUGGAAAACCCGUGAUCGUGGCCAAUCAGAACAGGGAGGAAGUGGCCACCGUGGAGGAGAUCAAGCCGGGAAAGGUCCAUGUUGUCCAGGAGGUAGUGGUUCCACCUACAGUGAAGUCGGAUAACAAGGUCCGGAUAACCAGAUCAGUUUCGAGUUCGGGACAAUAUAAUCUUGCAAUUCCAAAUCGAGGAAUACCUAAUGAUGGUAUCCCCAAUCCUGGGAUUCCGAACCAUGGUAUCCCGAAUCCUGGCAUCCCCAAUCAUGGAAUUGUGAAGCGCGGAAUACCCAAUGAUGGUAUCCCCAAUCCUGGAAUUCCAAACCACGGUAUCCCAAAUCCUGGCAUCCCCAAUCAUGGAAUCCCAAAUCGCGGAAUACCUAAUGAUGGUAUCCCCAAUCCUGGAAUUCCGAACCAUGGUAUCCCGAAUCCUGGCAUCCCCAAUCAUGGAAUCCCGAAUCGUGGAAUACCUAAUGAUGGUAUCCCCAAUCCUGGUAUUCCGAACCACGGUAUCCCGAAUCCUGGCAUCCCCAAUCAUGGAAUUCCAAAUCGAGGAAUACCCAAUGAUGGUAUCCCCAAUCCUGGUAUUCCAAACCACGGUAUCCCAAAUCCUGGCAUCCCCAAUCACGGAAUACCCAAUCGCGGAAUACCUAACGAUGGCGUCCCUAAUCCUGGUAUUCCCAACCAUGGUAUUCCGAAUCCUGGUAUCCCCAAUCACGGAAUUCCCAAUCCUGGCAUCCCCAAUCCCGAGGCCUCCGAACUUAUGCCGGUCGCGGUAAUGCCACCAAGUCAGACCACCACCGCACCCGCAUCGCCAUCGGUACCCAAGCGAGUGCCAUCCCGGAAUUGCUUCCAUCUAUUGAUGGGAGGCAUGACAACCAUGUCCCCAGCGGGCAUGAUGACAAUGACCCCUCCACCGAUGGACAACUGCGAUGAGCUGUGCACAAAGCUCGAAUACUCGCCUAUUUGUGCCCACAAUGGGAUCUGCAUCCAUGAGUUUGCCAAUCAGUGUGUGAUGGACACAUUCAAUUGCAGACAUCGAGAUUUGACUUUCCGUGCAGUGGACGAGGAGGUCUGCAGAAUGGGAGUUUGCAUGAGGCGGUGCAAGGAGGAGGAGUUGAAGCUGUAAAAUACCGGGAACUACGAUUAUUAGAUUUUAUUCACUACACUAUCAUUUACAUAUAAAACAUAAUAAACAGUAAA